UAUAUUUUUGUGAUGAACAGUACAAAGCAUACAAAGUGAUGUUGUGACUUGUAUGACGAUAAAAUGAACCAAAAUAAAUUAUUUUUUUUAAAUUUACAUAAAAUAAGUGGAUUUUUAAUGUAACUUUUUACACUAACUAAAAAAAACACAUAUUUUAAUUAUUUACAUACUAAAAAAAAAUUUAAUUAUUUAAUUAACAUCGAGUAUUAAAAUUCGAUAUAUGAGUUUAUCAAGUUCAAUAUAAACAAUCAGGUGUAUGGAAUUUAUAAAUUUAAAAUUACACAGUGGAUAUGCAUUCAUUACGUACACCAAGAAAAUUUCCUGUUUUUGUAUUUCCACAGAGUAUUACCUUUUAUUUAGAUGAUCAAUCAACACAUAAACAAGUGCUGACACUUUAUAAUCCUUAUGAAUUUCCAGUUAAAUUCAAAGUUUUAAGUACUUCUCCAAAUAAAUACAAAGUUGUUGAUCCUGAGGGAACAAUAAAAUCUCGAUGCUGUGUGGACAUUGUUGUAAGACAUACUGCUCUGCUGGUUGCUAAUUGCAAUGUAGUAGAUAAAUUUAGAAUUCAAAUGCAAGAACAUCCAACAAAACAAGUCAUAGGUAAAAGAGAUGUUGAAGCAAAAUUAUUACCGGGGGCCUGUGAUACCGGAAGAGGAACUCCAGAUCCUGAUAUGUUCCAACAAUUGCCUCUCAAUGAAAAUAGGCAGCAAAGGAAUUAUUCUUUAGCUUCUCAAUCACGGACAAUAGAAAGUACGUUUUUUUCUUAUUUUCAAUUUUCUUAUAAUCAAUUUUAUAUUUUAAAAAUAUUUUUUUACUUUGUUUUAGGGGGAACAAAUUAUAUAGCACUUGUUGCUGGAAUUAUUUGUAUAAUUGGACUGCUUUUGCCUACUGAAGGUGAACAAAGUUUGAGCAUACCUGAGUAUCUUCACUUGUCAAUUAAUUUCAAACUUAUAUUAUCUUUUGUGUUAGGAUUGGUUACAAUAAUAAUUUUAAGAUUGUAACCAUUAAUAAACCUCCAACGGAAGAAAUAAUAACAUAUGAGAUAAACUUAAAUUUAAUUAUUGAGAAAAACGCACAAUUUACGUAAGAAUUGUUUUAAAGUGAUAUUACGUAUUAUCUUUCUUUUUUUUAUCAUUACACAACAUUUUUUUCUUUCAAUGCUAGUCUGUAAAAAUAUAUAUAGAAUUUCGUGCCGUUUCCUUUCACUUGAAUAUAUAAUAACUAUAAAUAUUUUUUUAUUUAUUACAUAAAAAUCACGCUUAUUAAUUUAAUAAUGAAUCGUGGUAUGCUAUAUUUACUUUAUUUUGUAAAUAUAUUUAAAUAAUUAAGUGUCAUUUAUAUAUAUCUGUAAAGAGAUGACUUUUUCUUCUGUAAUUUAAUGUCUUUAAUGAAUUGUAACAAAAGAAAUG